GAGAAAGAUAGAGAUGAGGAAUUGCAGAGGAUCGCUCUUGGCUUGUUGUGUGUUAUUUCUUUCUUUACUCGUCGGAGGGGAAAGUCUGCCACCGGAAAAGAAGAAUAACUGUACCUACACGGUUACCAUACAGACAACUUGCACUAAGGACGCCGGAACCUCAAACGAUGUCCGGCUGAGAUUUGGUGACACAAAUUCUAAUGACAUAUUGGUCCGGCGUCUGAAUUCGAAGCACGUGCGGAGGGUGGAUCCAUUAGAGCCUGAGGUCCUCGACGACGUGCCCAGAAAACCAUUUCAAGCUUGCAUUGUGGACGAAUUCCAAGUAAUGGGUCAAUGCGUGCAGUCACCCAUUUGCUACCUAUACCUGAAACUGGCCGGAGCCGAUGAUUGGCGACCGGGUUUUGCACAGGUUAAGGUGCUAGAGGGGACUCAUCUCAGCUCGGAUUAUUUCUAUUUUCAUCGAUACUUGCCUAGGCAUGCAUGGCAUGGCUUUGAUUUGUGUGAUAGGGAGGUCACUCCUUUUGGGAUCAAGCACAAAAGGAAGGUCUUUGCAAAGAAGCUAUGUGAUUAAUUAAGUUCUAGUGCUUCAACUUACCAUCAGAAUCCUCUCAAAUAAUUUGUCAAAAUUUAAGAGAAUUUAAACAUGACUCAUUUGACUAAAUAAAAAUUGAAUUGUCCAACUAGUUAUCCGGUCAGGUGGCUUGGGUCCCAUAAGUAGGAUCUCUCACAAUCACCUGCUUGAAAUCGUUCAAAUUUGGAUAAAUAAUUUGUAUUCAGUGUCUUCUUUCUAUAUCUCCCCCAAUUGUUGUAACAUUUAUUUUGAUUACUACAUUAAAAUAAUCUAACAAAAAAAAAAUGAAUUAUUUUA